AUGGUGGUUAUCAUCAAUUGUAAGGGUACACCAUACGAGAUGGGUUAUGCCCACGGCUCCACAGCCAAAAAGCAGAUCAAAAAGGUCAUUGAACUGUACUCGUCAUGGAAUCUUGAAUGGUCUGGAAGGAAUUGGGCGGAGUUGAAAGAAGAUGCGAAGCUUAUCCAGGCCACUCUCAAAGAGAAGGCCAGCUUCCUUCUUGAGGAGAUCGAAGGAAUCGCAGCAGGAGCGGGCGUUGACGUUCUCGAUAUAGUUGUUAUGAACUCCAGAUAUGAAAUCGGGCUUUCUGGGGCUGCUGCAACGAAAAGGGCCGAGGAAGUACAAGCGCUUUCGGUGGAUGGAUGUACUACCUUUUCGGAGAGGUUCGAGGGGAAACAAUGGAUUGGUCAAAAUUGGGACUGGCAAAACGAAAUUCAAGAAAAUUUGGUCUAUUUGAACUUGGAAAAUGCUGAUCCUACAAUUCCAAGAAUUAAGGUGGUUGCUGAGGCCGGUUUGCUGGGUCAGACAGGUUUCAACGAUAGAGGUGUCGCCCAAAUGGUGAACGCACUAUACGCUUCUGAUCUUGAUACUUCCAAGAUUCCGGUUACUUUGAUUAGAAGAAUUAUUCUGAUGCAGAAUUCGAAGGAAGAGGCUCUGGCCAAGAUGAACGAGUUGGGAUGCGCCGCUGUUGUCCAUCUGAUGGUUGCAGACAAAACUGGUGUUGUUUCUGUUGAAACCUCUCCAUAUGGUCUGUCUCUUCUCAAGGACGACGAGCAGAGACUGGCUCAUUCUAACCAUUGUAUCAAGCCUUUUGAGGGAUGUCAUGUCAAUAAUCUGUUGAAAGACUCUUACCCCAGACUGGACAAAAUGCGCGAAAUGCUCCAAGAGGGAAAGGCCGAGCCACCAUCCUACGAAAAGUACCUUAGGAUGUGCAGUGACGAGUCGAACCCUCCUAACUCGAUCAACAGAGCUAAUGAUCCUUCGAAGACUGGGACUUCUGCCCACAGUAAGACCUGCUACACCAUAAUCUUGAAUGCCAGCGAUGGCUAUGGAAGAAUAUCGUUUGGCAGACCAACUGAGCAGGAAGAGGUGUUGGAAAUAUCUUUUACAGGCCCCGAAAAGGGCGUUGUGUACGCGAACUAG